AUGCUGACAUCUCAAGAUUGGUAUAAUAUAGCCAAUAAUUAUAAAAUUAAAGCCGAAUGGAUCAUAAAUAAUCAUGGAAGGGCACAUGCUUUUUUUCACGCUGUGAGACUUGGUCCGUCUUUCACUGAUCUGUCUGUUGCGGAG